CACACUAACGAUGCGUAAGCAUAUCUUGUAAUUAAACCUGUUAUGGUUUUAGCAAAUGAGAAUCGGUAAAUCGACAGACAUACUAUACCUGUAUAUUACAAUCAAUACAAACAUAGAUACUGUUAAUGGAGUUGAUACUGUGAUCUUUUACACUAAAGUUACAAUGGCGACAGCAAAUGUUCCUUCUGUGUCAAAGAAAACAUUAUCAACUAUAUCAGUUUUCGAUAAGAAUACAAUUGAUAUAAAAGUCGACCAUUCUUCCAAAAAUGCAACUGUAACAUAUGAUAACCAGACAUCAAAUACUGUUACCCAUCAAUUUGCAGAAAAACCUGUAGGAAAAAUAAAAGGAAUGAUAUCAGAUCUGGAACUCAUGUGAUGGACAAAAAAUAUACA